GGGUCCACUUCUUUGGGUCCUCAACGUUGUACCUCCAUGAUAGUGGGGGGGGGACUUGGAGCCCCCCCACACACAUGUCCCACAUCAUGAUGCCCUCCCCAGGGUAUACAGGAGGCGGGGGGAUCCUAGCCCCGCCUCCCUCGACCAGCCCCACCAGCAGUCCCACGCGCCCUGUCCAAGGCUCUCACUCUGCCCAGGCCUCCCCCACCAACACUCUCAAAACUGUGCGACCCAGAGCUAGAUCAGCCGAUGAAUCUGUUUCAGGCAAGAAGGUUAGUAACCAGUUAGUCAGACAGUCAUCAAAAGACACAGUGGAGGACUGGGAGAUACCAGUAGAUGAAAUCCUGAUUGGUCAUCGCAUCGGGUCCGGCUCAUUUGGGACUGUGUAUCGGGGUCACUGGCAUGGCCCAGUCGCAGUCAAAACAUUAAAUGUCCGUGAUCCAACACCAGCACAGUACUCAGCCUUCAAGAAUGAAGUCUCGGUACUCAAGAAAACAAGACACGUUAAUAUAUUGCUGUUUAUGGGGUGUGUGAAGACGCAGCAGCUGGCCAUUGUGACACAGUGGUGUGAAGGCUCUAGCCUUUACAAGCACCUUCAUGUACAGGAAAACAAAUUUGAACUUAUGAGAAUUAUAGACAUUGCCAGGCAAACGUCACAAGGCAUGGAUUACCUCCAUGCAAAGAAUAUUAUUCAUAGAGAUCUUAAAUCCAAUAAUAUAUUCUUGCAUGAUGAUUAUACAGUCAAGAUUGGUGAUUUUGGUCUGGCCACAGUCAAGGGUGGCCGCUGGAGCCAAGAGAGCCCGGGAGGCAGACAGAUUCAGCAGCCGUCUGGAUCAAUCCUCUGGAUGGCGCCGGAGGUCAUCCGUAUGCAGGACGAGAACCCGUACACUUUCCAAAGCGAUGUGUACGCCUUUGGGAUCGUUUUGUAUGAACUCUUCUCGGGCUGCCUCCCCUAUUCGCAUAUAAACAACAAAGAUCAGAUAUUAUUCAUGGUUGGCCGAGGCUUUUUGCGGCCAGACAUGUCCUACUUACGGUCAGAUAUGCCCAAGCCAAUACGUCGCAUCUUAGAUGAUUGUAUUAAAUACAAUCGAGAUGAUAGACCGCUGUUCCAACAGAUCCUAGCCAACUUAGAAUCACUAGUACGUUCCUUGCCAAAAAUACAUCGUUCAGCAAGUGAGCCGACACUUACGCGCACACACCUUAACAGUGACGACAUGAUCUAUUUGUGUGCGUCACCCAAGACACCCAUCAACUCCGGCGCCUUCCCCUUCUCCAUGACCGGCAACAUUUAGUGUGCGCGCUUGAAGGUGGUCGCCUUGGAUGCCACAACAACCCUUGUUGUCCCUCCCCCCCCCAAAGGAGACUCUACUAGACUUGUCAGCUGGCGUCCCGUGUCCUGCGCCUCGUGUCCUGGACUCCCAGCAGUUGAGGCGUUGGACGGAGUAUUCCAUCGCACGUCGGCAGCGGAAAUUCUUCAUCCCCUAGGCCAUACCAGCUGAGUCACCACAUGGAGUGCACCUCACCUAGAAUCCACUGAGAAGUUCCAAACAGCUUACCUAGGCUUGCCAGCAGAUUUGUUCCAUGGACAAUAAUCUGUGUUAAGUUGUCUUAGACAACAUAUCCAGGCUGAAUCAAUGAUAUUGUUAAAUGGACAAUAAUUUUUAUCCUGAGUUGUCCCCGAGAGCUACUACAGACCUUACAAACUAAGCCACCUGAGGAGCCAGCUCCCCAAGAUCUGAGAUGAAGGAGUUGCCUCACAGUGUUCCCUGGCCUCAUCUACUGAGUUACAUCAACUCCCCUGGUCUAAUUGUAUUAGUUACGUCAACUCCCUUGGCCUUAUCAGUUGAAUAAAUUCCAUCUCCAUGGUUUUUAUCAGCCGAUUCAUCAACUUGGCCUCAUUAGCAGUAUUGUUGACUCCCCUGGCCUCUCAUCAUCAUUAUCAUCAUCAUCAGCUUGUUGGUGUGUGGUGUUCAGGCAUAUGCCAGCUGUUUUGUAUCAGCAGUGGAGGUACGUCACCACCUCAAGCCUUAUAAAUUAUUUGCCUCGGUUAUUUAGUGGACACAUCAGCAGCCUUAUGCCAGUUCAGACUAUGGCUCCAUCUACCCAAGCAUUGCGCAUGUUAAGGUCUUUACAAUAUAGUAUUUCACAUAAUUAAGGUGAUGAUAUCGUGUGUGAUUUUUUUAGUUUCAAUGCGUCCUCUGUAGAUGUGAAUGCAAGCUACUUGUCCCAAAUUGUUAUGUUUACUUGACCAUGCAGAAGUGUACCUAGCUACAGUUUAGAGAAACCAAUAAUUUGCUAAGAAGUAAAGAAGUUUGAUAACUGUAUUCAAGCUUUGUAAGUGCACAGCCUUAUGUAUAAUGAAAUAGCCUUUUUUAGGUCAAUUUGUAAGGUUUGCUUUUAUGUGCAACAGCUUGAGCAAACUAGUUUCUUUGGUUGCUCAACUGUCCUCCAAAAUAAGCAGGUUUUAUUCUAGUCUCAAGCGAUGUCAAUUCCUAUCUAUGGGCAUGUAAUAGGUUAUCCAAUAUCUUGUAUGGAACUGCAUUAGGGUACAGUUUAAUGCAGUAACUGAAUUUUUAUCACAGUGUGAGAUGACUUUCUAUCAAGAACUUCCCAUUAUUAUUAUUUUUUAAAAUCAAAUUUACUUUUCAUUUUAUUUAUUUGUAUUUCUUAAUUUUUUUCAAGUACUUGCUACUAUUCCCUGCCUGCUCAGACGCAGUGAAUUAGCGGCGCAGGCCACUCGAGUCAUUAUCCCACGUGAUGCCAUCCAUGAUGUAUUACACCUCUUUGGUUGUCGAAGGGACUCCACGCACCACUCAUGAACAUUCCAUAAUAAUGACUUGGCAAUAUGUCAUUGAUCUCCAAGUACUAAUGUGAUGAAUGAAAUGUAUUUUUUGGUGAUACUGUAUUAGUUUUUUUCUUUUGUUUUUGUUUUAUUUUUAGUUUCAUUCAAGGGUAGUAGUUGUAGUAGAAUGCAUCUGUUCACAAGGCCCAAAGAGCUCGUUUUGUAUAUUUCUGCCCCAGAGUAUAGUCAGAUUGAAAUUCUUAGAGACAAGAUAAAUGUUUUUUAAAUAUGAAUUUGCAGUCGUGAAAGGUUGUCUGUUGGUAAGCACUAUCAAGAAAUUGACAUUGUCUUGAUUAGCUCUACAAUAUAAGUACACCCAGGAAUUACAAGGGAAGUGGCAUGAGGUGAAAGAUGUGCUUGCAAUAUUGCACCAUUUCUAAUUGGAGAACCCUUCUUGAAGCUGAUUGAGAAUGAGAUAUACAUACAAAGAACAGCUAUCUGCACUAUAGACCUGCAGGUAGUUGUGAAGGCCAGGGGGAUUUGCAUCAGUAGAGCCAGGAUACUGCCAGGCUUUGUCGACAUACUGGUCAGCUGUAAAUAACCUUGGAGGUCACCUGCACAAGUCAACUAGGUGUGGGGAGCAAAAAUUUGUGAUUAUGUUUUGGGGGUGGCGGAUGGUCGUGUUGAAGGCAGCAGACCAGCAGGCCCUCACAGCUUCAGUUUCCCUUCGUCUCCCCUCCUUUCCCUUCCCCUCCCCCAGCCCCAUCCUCGACCCCUCAUUCCCUCUCUCCCUUCGUCCCCCCUCCUUUCCCUUCCCCUCCCCCAGCCCCAUCCUCGACCCCUCCCCCUCCCUUCGUCCCCUCCUCCUGACUCCAUCUUGUCCAUUGCUUUCCUUUUUAACCUCACUUUCCUCCUCAUUUUCUUACUCAUGUUCCACUCCUCCCAACUCUCCCACUGUCCCCCUCCAACCCUGGACGCCACCAGUCCAUGUACAGACUUCACACUGAGUGAUACUGUCGUGCAGUCAUCCCACGAUCCAUUACCAUAUUGUUUUAUCAUUGUU